AUGACCUCGGUUCCAGAAGGUUUCCUCGGUCACCUCUCAUUCUUACUUUUCCGGGAAAAAAAGUUUCUAGAAGAAUCCACCGUUGUACAUACCCCCGCGAAAUUCCGAUGGAGGGAAGCAAGGCCCGAGAAGUCGAGCGGGUCGGAAACGUCGGGAACUCCCGACGGGUUCAGUGGAAUUGAGCGCAUGCUGCACAGAAACCCAGCAGGCGAGGAUGCGCCGGACGGAGCGAAACUUGCGGAACCCGGGGGUAGAACCUGGAAAGAGGGCCUUAUGCUCGACACCAGGGCCAUACAUUGGACUCGCUCCAGAUUCGUGUGUCACGCCAUGAGUCGAGCCGCGGCCCUUCCGUUCACUGCAAGAACGACCCCUGAGGCGGUGGUGCGCCCCCGGAAAACUCUGGGCUGUGCACAAUUUAGCGGCAGUCUUCGGGAGCUCGAAGAAAAGCGCGCGUCAAGAAGAGGGGCGUGUUUCGGCGCCGAAGGCAGGCCCAGGGCUGCCCGGGCUCCCGAGAAUCCAGGUCGCAUCGAUCCGGGUUCGGAGGGACCAAUCCCGGCCUGCGUGCCAGGGUUCCCUCUUCCGUGCAAGAGCAUUCCCGGGUCGCCCAGGGCACCCCCUUCGGGCUCCCUGCCUGCCGCUUCGACCCCGGGCAACUCGGCCGCGGGACGUGCAUGUUGCGAGAGUCUCACCGGCUCUGCCUUCACACCGGCCCUGUGCUCCUUGACCAGUGUGCGUUUCCGCGUCUUCGAUUUCUCUCCGUUUUUUCCAGCCGUAGAGGGAUCCCCUGAAUUGCCGGCUGGACACGUCGACCUUCGUCUUUCCCGUCACUCCCAGCGAAGCGACUGCGUGGAACUUUUCUGCAAUCACAGCGCCAAGUCUGAAAUAAAUGCCUGCUGCUUGGAUAUGUCCAUAGAAAUCUGUUGGGUCGAUAGACCAGCUCUCGGGAAUCAAGUGCACGCACGUGAGGGGCCACCUGCCCUGGAUUGUCGGGCCCCGGGCCGUAUAAAAUCAAUGAAUGAACGGGACACGGGGAAUUGCGGGCAUGAUAUCAAGGAGCCCGUUCAUAGAUCAGGCAUUUUGCGUGGGCCCCUCAUGUGUGGAUUUCGGGCCCCUCCAUCGACAGAGAAUUCCCUCAGGUAUACUCGUAAAACACGGAGUCGUAACGUGGAAUUCCCUCCACUCGCGCGGGUUCUGGCCAGACUUGGAAAGCUUUCAUAA